GUCAAGAAACUUGCCAGUGGACUCGCAUCAAGGCAAAGCCUUGAGGAGCCUUCACCCGCUUUGAAUUCUUCGCCGGCAGCAUUAUCCCUGCGGAGAGGGGAAGCGCCAAUCCAUUUAGGAAAGAAGAUGUCAGCAAAAACAUCUUUACUGCAGUGGGUUCAGGAAAAAACCGAGGCCCUGGGAUUCACUAUUCAAGAUUUCAGCACAAGUUGGAGAAAUGGCUUGCCUUUUGUUGCCAUUAUUAAUGCUCUCCGACCCGGCCUGCUGGACCUGCAAGAGCUCAAGCAGGGGUCGGACAUGGAGAAUCUGGAAAUAGUUUUCAAAGUUGCAGAGCAGGAGCUGAAAAUCCCCAGACUACUGGAAGCAAAGGAUGUUGCUGUUAGCAAUCCUGAUGAGAAAUCAAUAAUAACCUACGUCUCACAAUUCCUGCAGUAUUCUAAGGAGCAUGCAGAAGCCGAGGAAGCAGUGAGUCAGACAGAGUCUCCAUGUUUG